UUCUUCCAUUGACUUUUCUUGUUCCAGUCUCCUGUGUUCUGUAAGGAAAUAUAUAGAUAACUGGCAUUUGUGUAAGCAAAGUUUGAACAUAUUCUUAAGUAUGGCCGCAGAGUUCACAGAAGUGAGUGUAGAACAACGACUUAUUAACAAGCUGUCCCUUGAAGCUUUCAGGUCUGGCUCUGAAGUUGAAGUGAGACAGUAUCUUUUUGGAUACAGGAGGAGAGACGCUGAUCUAUAUAAAUUCAUUAAAAUGUUAUUCUUCCAUCCUCUAUUCAAGUCAAUUAUGAUCAGCACCAUCACACUAAAUUCAAUAUUUUUGGCUUUAGAAACGGAUUAUAAAGUUCGCUAUGAGUCACAUUUCUUCCUAGAGGUAGCAGAUCUGAUUAUUUUAGCUGUUUAUACCACAGAAUUUCUGAUGAUCUUUUAUCUGGAUCCCAUUAAUUAUUGGAAAGAUGGUUACAAAAGAUUCGAUUUUGUUGUCCUUCUAAUUGCUUACCUCCCGUACACCAUUGAUAGAAGCAACCCCAAAAUGCACCACACUGCGACUAUGCUGAAAGGCUUCCAAGUGCUACGGGUUCUUAAACUUAUCUACUACAGCCCAGGAAUGAGGAUUCUGAUGGCAGCCCUGGCCCAGACAGCAAAAAAUGUGAUUUAUGUCCUUGUUUUAUUGUUCCUGUUAAUGCUGAUCUUUGCAAUUUUGGGUCAUGGUCUAUAUGGAGACCCUGAGCAUGGAGACCACCAGAACUGGGGCACCUUAGCCGCUGCCUUUUUCACUCUCUUCAGCUUAGUAACGGUUGAUGGCUGGACAGACCUGCAGGAUGACCUGGACAACAAAAAAUUUGUUACAAGCCGAACGUUCACAAUUGUGUUUAUUCUCUUAGGAUUUUUUGUGUUUUUCAACAUGUUUAUUGGAGUUGUCAUUAUGGACAUUCAGAGUUCAACUGAUCGGUAUGAGCAGAAGCUGAAAGCAGAGAGGCAUGCAAUUCUGAUUGCCAAGAAGCAAGCUAUUCUACGAAGGCAACAGGAAGAAGUGAAUGAACUGCUCAGUCAGCAAAAAUCAACUGAAUAUCAAACCUUUGAUGAAAUGGUGGAAGAAUUUAAAAAAACCUUGCUUCACUCAGAUCCUGUGAUCUUGGAAGAAUUUUGUGCCAGCAUACCAUUUAUCGAUCUCUAUUUGCUAUCCCUGGAUCGUCAGGAUGCUACAAUUUAUAAGCUGCAAGAACUCUAUUAUGAAAUUGUUGCCACUUUGACCACCCUGCUCCGAGAAUCACAAGAAAAAUCUUUGCAAUCUUUGUGGUCUCUCAAGUCAGCAUCUAGAUCCACUGCUACUAUGGGCUCAGGCAGAUAAACAUUUAUUUUCUUCCCAGUUUGGGAGGGAAAAAAAACCUUUGUUGCACAUUUCCUCACAAUCUGCAAAAUUAAUGGCAAAUCUUCUCCUUCCAAUAGAGUUCAGAUUUUGCUCCAUUUGUUCCCAUCCUGGGAAGUGUAAACCUAAUUUGCCUGCCCUGCUAAUAUAUGUUUAUGUUUUGUGGCUGUAUCUCUUUCAGUCUUUAUAGACUUAGGUCAAACUGUUAGCUCAUAUCCUGUGAUUUUUCAUGGAGGCCAUGUGGUAGAUAUUAACUGGUAAACCCGGAUUUUCAAACUAAAGCAAUGUUCUG